UUCCAAAAUCAAAACCCUGACAUCUUCUUCAUUCUCUUCGAUUUCAAUGGCGUCGUCUCCGAAACUCAACGAGUAUGAACGCAAGCGACUCGAAAACAUUCGUCGCAACAAUGAAAUGAUGGCUGCACUCAAUGUUCAAUCCAAAGCCACCGCACUAUCCAAUCAUUCCAAGAUUGUUACCAAAUCCAAAGUAAAAUCGGACAAAAAACCCAAAACUGAAACCCCAAUUGUUAGCAGACACUCACUUCGAAAAAGAGGUAUUCCACCUGAUUCAGAAGGGUUAUUUUUAAAAUCCAACACUUCUACUCAUAAUUCCCCCAAUAAAGCUAAGAACUUUGUUCAAAAUUUGGGUCCUAUUUCCAUGAAGGAUGCUUACAAAGGCGUAGAUGAUUCUGAUCGUUCUUUUAUUGAAUCACUUGUUGGUAUGUCGAAUAAGGAGCUCUCAGAAGAAAAACUUAAUGGGUCUGCAAAAAAGAUCAAAACCGAGUGUUCCCUCGACUUGGAAUCUUUGUCUCUGGAUCCUGAAAAUAUAGCAAGCGUCCUUCCUGGAAGGAUAACUCAAGUGCAGUUUUGUCCUUCCAAGGAUGUUAACAUGAUAGCAGCUGCUGACAUAUUUGGGGAUAUUGGGUUUUGGAAAGUUGGAGAAAGUGAGAUUUUUUUGUACCAUCCACACGAGGCUCCCAUUUCUGGGAUUUUGUUUCAACAACAUUGCUUGUCAAAGAUAUACACAAGUUGUUAUGAUGGAUUUAUUCGGAUGAUGGAUGCAGAGAAGGAAAUUUUUGAUAUGGUUUAUAAUGGUAGUGAAAGUGAUAAUGGAUGCAUAUAUGCUCUCUCACAACCAAAGAAUGAUGCAAACUGCUUAUACUUCUCUGAGGGUAAAGGGGGUCUGGCAGUAUUGGAUAACAGGAUAGGAAAAUGUUCAUCCCACUGGGAUUUGCAUGAAGCUAGAAUUAAUACAAUAGAUUUCAACCCUCAAAGCUCUCAUAUUGUAGCUACCAGUUCCUCUGAUGGAACUGCGUGUACUUGGGAUUUGAGAUGUAUUGGAGGGCCUAAGCACACAGCCUUGAGGACAUUUCCUCACAAAAAAUCUGUGCAAUCAGCCUAUUUCUCUCCUUCUGGAUGCAGUCUUGCCACUACAAGCAUUGCCAACACAGUUCGUAUAUACAGUGGAGUGAAUUUGGAGUAUAAGACUUCUGUUUAUCAUUUCAAUCAGACUGGAGGAUGGCUUUCUACUUUCAGAGCAAUAUGGGGCUGGGACAAUUCCCAUCUCUUCAUUGGGAACAUGGACGGAGGUGUCGACAUCGUCUCAACAGUUCAAAAGGCAACAGUAAAGACUUUAGAGAUCCCAGACAUCGUCUCAACAGUUCAAAAGGCGACAGUAAAGACUUUAGAGACCCCAGACAUGUCUGCAAUUCCAUGUAGAUUUGAUGCACACCCUUACAAUGUUGGGAUGCUAGCAGGAGCUACAAGCGGAGGCCAGAUCUAUGUUUGGACGGACCCAAAUCUCCUGCAGUCAAAAAAACACACAUUCACACAUUCAAGUGUGCCAGACUGUCGGAUCAAAAUUGAACAGCUCUGAUUUAAAAUUGUUAAUUUGGAAAAAUCAAAUUUAUUUUUCUGAACCACUUGAUCAAGAUCAAACAGUCCCUAUUAUCUUGACUGUGUGAAUGCUGCAAAAAAUUAACAAACAGUCCCUGUGAUUCUGUAUCUGGAAUUGCCAUUUAUCCUCAGUUUUGCUUGUAACCAUGUCACAUUGCCUAGUAUUUUAUAUCCUAAUAGGAUCAGCUAAUACAGUAAGUUGUAGAAAUUAUCAAUUUUAAUUAAUGAAAUGUUUGAGCAGGAAAA